AUGUCACUUGGAUGUCGGGAAGCUUUUGAAGUUUUCAAGCUGGAUCAUGCUGACAGUGUAACCAUUGAGGACAACAAACAGCUUCUAAAACAGAGGUUUACUGAAGCUAAAUGCCUUGGAAAAAAAUUAAAUGAAGUGAGAAAUAAAAUAAAUCAUCUGAAAGGAGAAAUAACCCAGAGGCACAUUCAGAGGGCAGCUCUAGCUGUUUCCAGCCCUUCUGAAGAGCUAAAUACACUUGAUCCAGUAGAAGAGAAACUUCGAAUGCAAAUUGAAGAAGAAAAAAAAAGUUAUAAAACAGUGUUCAAUCGCUUGAAAGGACUGAAGGUAGAGAUUGAGCACCUGCAGCUUCUUAUGGAAAAAGUCAAGAUGAAGCUGCAAAAAGACUUUGAAAUCUGGUGGUCUGAAGAGGCAACAAAUUUACAGUUCUCUGCCAGAAAUAUCAAUUCAUCAGCCAACAAUGAACAAACUACGGCAGAGUUAGAAAAUUUCUCAGAGACCACAGGAGUCAGCCCUAAUGAAGAUCCAGCUGGGAAAAACAAUUCAAUCACUUCUAGUAACCCUACCUUAAAAACAAGGGCCCCACCAAGUUCAAGUACAUCUAUUCCUCUGACUGGAGACAGCCAGGCUGAUGCUGACAUCCUAGCUUUCAUUAAAGCAAGACAGAACAUCCUGCAAAAGAAAGCUGGUACUAAUUUAGCUGUAACAAUUGACGUUGAAUAA